AGCAGCAGCAGCAGCAGCAGAAGAAGAAGAAGAAGAAGAAGAAGAAGAAGAAGAAGAAGAAGAAGAAGAAGAAGAAGAAGAAGACCCUCCCUAAAAUGCCCCUCGUCCAAUCCUACCUUAGCAACCGUUACUAUGCACCGGAAGCUUCCCAGUCUUUUAGGCAGUAGUAAAGAUGCCGAAGCGGUGUGCGCACGGAACCUGCAAAUCCGACAGCAGAUAUCCUAAAAGUGUAGAAGGUGGUGUUGUGUUUUACCCUUUUCCGAAGCCUAAGACACAGGGAGACAAAUGCGGGAUAUGGAUUAAACAGUGUGGAAGACCUUACUCACAGCUGAAUCCUUCUAAAGUCAACAAAAACACCUUCGUUUGCUCUAAGCAUUUUCUAAUGGGGAAGCCUACUCCAGAAUACCCCCAUCCUGUAUCUGCUGUACCUGUACCUGGUGAACAGAGUACACCUCUUGGAGCCAGGCGGAAACGUCUAGCUGAAAGUUCUGAAGAAUUGGACAGUGCACUAUCCAGCAGCUCAGACAACACCAAGGAACCUCCAAUUCAACACAAUGGCACAGAAAGUCCCCAUGAAGUACAACAUAAAUUGGAAGAGAAGACCCUAAAGGAGAAACUAACAGAACAAAACCAAGAGAUGAUGAAAGUGAAGCUGGAACCUGAACCUGAACCUGAACCUGAAUCUGAACCUGAACCUGAACCUGAAUCUGAUGUGAAAAACAGCCAAAUCCUGUUGCUUGAAAAGGAACUUCAUAAUGUGCACAGUGCAGAAGAUGCCUUAACUCCAGAGACUCUAAACCAAAGUCACCUGCCUGCUUUUUUCAGCUACUGCACUGGAUUCACCUAUGAUCAAUUCAACAGCUUGUGUGAAUUUUUCAAAGUGCCAACUGAUCCCCUGUCCUCACAAACACAGAUACCUCUCACUUACACUACGACAAACCCUGAGAUCCAGAAAAUACCUUUGCGUUGUCAAUUCUUUCUGACACUAAUGAAACUCAGACAAAAUUUUGACAACAAAGAUUUAGCGUUUACAUUUCAUAUUUGUUUAGAGAGUGUCAUCCUUUUGUUAGACUCCUGGAUAGACUACAUGGAUGACAGACUUGGUCAACUCUCCAGUUGGCCACACAGAGAUGUGAUCUUAUCAAACAUGCCUGCUGACUUUAAACAGGACUUCCCAAACACGUUUGCAAUACUGGGCUGUGCUGAACUGCAGAUUGAAAGGCCCAGUUCAACACAGCUGCAGAGUCAGACUGAUUCUAUGUCCACAUCUAUGAACACACUCAAGUCUCUGGUGGCCUGUGACCCACGAGGUGCAGUUAUAUAUGUGUCUGCACUCUUCAGUGGAUCGAUGUCGUACAAAGAGGUCUUUAAUCACUGUAAAAUCGCAGAGCUACUGCAGAGUUGCCUUCAAUGUGGAUUCCUCAAGAAAGGAGACGGACUAAUGACAGAUGAGAGUUUUCAGAUUGAGAAGGAAGUGGAGGAGAUUGGUCUCAAACUGAACAUUCCACCUUCUGCUGGAUCCGACCAUCAGACGCCACAUCCAGAAACUGAGAUGAACAAAAAAAUACCUGAACACAUAGCGCAGGUGGAAAGGGCAAUUGCCAAAAUUAAAAAAUUUAAGAUUAUUUCAGGUACAAUUCCAGUUUCCCAUCUUGGAAACAUAAAUCAGAUCUGGUAUGUGGUUAGCAUGUUGUCCAACUUCCAACCGCACAUAAUCAAAGAAGAAAGUAUUUAAAUUUACAGAUGGUGACAAGAAGAGAAUAUUCUUAUGUACAGUAAGGCCAUGAUGUGUUUUUACAUGCACUUUAUUACUAUGUUUAGGUGAGAUCUUACUCAACCUUUUAAUGAAGGACUUAAUUUUAAAAGUUUCAUUCUUUGGUUGGAUGCUGUCCAAAAUUACUCGGUGUUGUACAGGUGACCCGGAUGGUUUGGAAUAAAAAGAAAUACACUGCCUUAACUCAGUA